CCCAAUUACAAAGGAAGCAAAAGUAUUUUGGAUAGCCGCCCGAUACAAUAAUACCUUGCAAUAUGUUUAUAACUUUCAAGUCGCAGCAAAUUUUCCAUUUAUAGUCAUCAUAUUUGAUUUUGUUCAAUAUAUCUUUCAGUGUUUCAUAGUUUUCCUUUAUAUUUAUGCCGAAUGCUAAUGGAAUGGAAGGUUUUUUGUUUGUUAUGUGCAAUAGCACAGCCUUCAAACUUGAAACUGACCCGUCGAUAAAUAAUCAGCUUCAGAAAACUUUCAACAAUAUGCUAAAAUCCAAAUUGGAGCUGAAAAAUGUAGGAGGCAAAAAAAAAAAUCUGCCCCACACCUAACCAAAACAAAAUGGGGUUUGUCAUAUCUCACCUAGUACUUUCAAGUUUUGAAGGUGGUUUUCUGUUUGCUUUUGGUGUGUUGCACUGUGAUAUAGUCAAUGUGGUGUGAAAAAGAGAGUUUGGCAUCAAGAAUGGUGCCAAAAUCUUUGACUUUUUAUACAUGAGAAACAGUGUGAUCCUGACAUUGAAGAUCAGGAAUGAUAGGAUGCACUUGACAAUGAAAUAAGGUCGAGAAACUUUUUUGAAAAUUGAUGGAUUGUUUCCACAUCACAGAAUAACAGAUUAGUUGAUUAAGAACAUCCGUUACUUGUUCAACUAGCUUCGGGAUCAGAGAAGAAGAUGGCCAGUAAGCCGAAGGAGAGAAAAACAAUUUUCAGAUCAUCCGUAAAUAAAUGUUUCCUGUAGAUAUCCGAAAAAGCGUUUAACAAAUCAUAUAGUGAGUGAUACACAAUGAAAAUGACAGGGCCAUCUUAGAACUACUUUAAGUGCUUCAGAAACACAAAAGAUUUUGACCCAUUAUUUAUGGGUCACCCAGUAUUUUCAACUGCUUUUUCUACGCAAAACGUGGCGAAUAGAAUGUUAUAUGUGGUAAGAAGCAUGAAGAUCUUCAAAAAAUGGUAGUGGUACUGUUUCUUCCACCCUAAGAGAAGAAAAGUGCUAAUUAAGAAAAAAGAAUGUGCAGGAACCACUGAAAAAGCAGGAAAAGAACCAAACAACGAAGUGUUUUGAUCACUGUGGAUGAAGAGAAUACGAUAGAAAAGAAAUCUUAGCAGAAUGUAUAGUGCAAGUGUCCGCAAUAUAUGGCAUAAGGUUUCAAAACUUUGGUUUGGUAUUAACGGAUAACCAGGCGAGUGAGAUCCAUGAGCUCAGGUCGGACGGUACAAAAAUCGCCAGAAUCACUCGCUUACUGAUUCGACUGGUUUUAUAACCGACAGUCCAAAGCAUAUAGAUCUAAUCAUGGCAAUCAUAAGCAUCUUCGUGUCAGCUGACAUAAUCCUUAGUUAUAAAUACGAGAACAAUUGACACCGUUUUUAUCAUUUUAUUACAGACGUUUCGUUAUGAAGUCAUAACAUCAUCAGUCGAAAAAUGAAACGAAAAGCAAAAGAGAUAUUAUAUGAUGAAAGAGCAUUUAAAAAAUUAACUCAUAAUUUAACUGACAAACGUGAAAAAGAACUUAUUAAAUUUCUGCUGCAACUUAAAAGAAAUAAAAUUAUUAGUCCUGAUGAAUAUAAAUUAAUGAGGCCGGAUACAGGUUCAAGAACACCUGAAGCUUAUUUCUUAGUUAAAGUACACAAAUCAGGGCAACCAGUUCGAACUAUCAUCUCAAGUUAUAAUUCAUAUAAUUAUAAUAUGGCAAAAUAUUUAAUAGCAUUACUUAAACCAGCAAUUUCACAGUGUCCCUCUUAUGUAAAAGAUUCAUUCGAUUUUGCAAGAAUUAUUAAAGAAAAUAAAGACUUAUCAAGGCUCAUGUAUUCAUUAGAUGUAUUAUCUUUAUUUACGAAUGUGCCUUUAGAAAAGGCUAUUAAUAUUGCUAUAAAGAAAAUUAAACAAUUCCGUCCCAAAUUAACUAUAGAUGAUGACAACUUGAGAGAAUUAUUUUAUUACUGUACAAAAAGAACUAAUUUUAUAUUUAAUAGCGAGCACUAUGAUCAAAUAAAUGGCGUGUCAAUGGGCAGCCCGGUUGCCCCUAUACUUGCACGUUUAUUUAUGAGUGAACUUGAAGGGAAUAUUAAAAAUUUUAAAGGGAAAAAAACCAUCAAUUUUUUAUCAUUGUGUUGA